CACUUGUCAUUCCGUCCAUUGGGGUUUUGUGUGUUGUGUUUUGUGUUGUUCCACUUGUGUGCAUUAAAAGUCCUGUUUCCACGUCUCUGCGCCCCUCAAAAUGAGCAGCACUUCGGAGAAGAAUGAAUAUCCCAGGGCAUCGAACACCCUCGUCCUGGGCGCUCUGCUGUCGUACGUGGCGAGCGUCUUCCUCAUGAUGUCCUUCUGCUCGCCAUACUGGAUUGAGUCCUACGAGGAGUCCUUCAGCAACUUCAAGAACAUGGGCCUCUGGGAGUACUGCUUCAAAGACUUCAGCUAUCCGUACUACCAGUUCCCGCGCCUCUUCGACGGCUGCCACCACAUCUUCAGCCACGAGUACUACGUCAUCCGCGAGUGGCUGCUGCCCGGCUGGCUCAUGGUUGUGCAAUUCUUCGUCACCAUUGCCUUCCUGCUCACAUUCGGCGCCCUCGCCAUCAUGGCUCUGGAGCUCGUGCGCUGGCCCCUGAAGUUCGUCCUGCGCUACGAGUGGCUCCUCACUCGUAUCUCCUUCAUCUGCAUCGGCAUCUCGUCCGUGAGCCUCUUCCUGGCCGCGGCCGUGUUCGGCGGCAACGCCUACCGCCGCGACUGGCUCAUGUAUCCCAAGUUCAACGUCCUCUCCUGGUCGUACGCCUUCGCCGUGGUGGCCUUCAUGAUCCUCGGCGUGGCCGCGCUGGUCCUCUUCGGCGAAUCCCGACGAUCCUACGAAUUGCGACGCGAGGCGAAGAAUUUGGUGAUGCAGAUGCAAAUGCAGGAUCCCAGUUUCCAUCCUCAUCACCAUCACAGCCACAGCAGAAGUCUUCAGGGAUAUAUUUAGAAGCCACACACACACAAAUUCUCAUUAUCUCUCUUCAUCCCAAAUUCCCCAAAAAGAGUCUCAACACA